GAACGAAGGGGUCUCGGCCUGAAGGCCUGGGUUCUAAGAGGCUCUGGUCUCUCCAAGGCUGGCCCCGAGGGAGCCCCCAUCAAGAAGAAGCGCCCCCCUGUGAAGGAGGAGGACCUGAAGGGGGCCCGAGGGAACCUGACCAAGAACCAGGCGAUCAAGUCCAAGACCUACCAGGUCAUGCAGGAGUGUGAGCAAGCCGGCGUUGCCGCACCAUCUGUGUUCAGCCGCACCCGGACCGGCACUGAGACCGUCUUUGAUAAGCCGAAAGCUGGGCCUGCCAAGAGUGUCUUUGGCUGAGAA